AAAUGAAAUAAAAAAAAUUAUCUGAAUUUUCAUUUUUUGUUUUUUUCAAUAUAUUACUUAUAAUAUAUUGAGAUAAUCGAAAUUUAUCAUGUAUAUUAUAAUCGCAAUUCUGGUCUGUUCGAUAUCUACAUUAGCCAAGCCAAUUCCAAGUUUAAAAUUGAGUGAUAGAGGAAAGUUACAUAUUGCAAUGAGUGGUUAUAUUGUAAAUCAACAAAUUACUCUAAACAAUUUUAUAAAAGUUUUAAAAACAUUUACAAGUAAAUAUGACGACUUCGCGAAAAAAUGGAUUGAAUCUGGCCUUGAAAGUGAACGAAUGUUAAACGUCGAACCGCUUUUAAUAUUGGCAACUGAUGAUUUUGAAAAUCAAUCAAUUAAAAAAACAGAGUUUGUAUAUAAGGCACUGAAUAGUAACAAUGAUGGUAAAAUUGAUGUAUUAAAAUAUCGCACUAUAGGUUUACUCUGUGAUAUUCCUAUAGAUAUAAGUAAUGAAUACGAUAUGUUACUAAUUGCAAUGGGAGAAUAUAUUGUAAAUCAACAAAUUACACUGAACAAUUUUAUAAAAGCUUUAAAAAAAUUUGGAAGUAAAUAUGAUAACUUUGGGAAAAAAUGGAUAGAUUCCGAACUUCAAGGUGAACGAUUGUUAAACGUCGAACCGCUUUUGAUAUUGGCAACUGAUGAUUUUGAAAAUCAAUCAAUUAAAAAAACAGAGUUUGUAUAUAAGGCUCUGAAUAGUAAUAAUGAUGGUAAAAUUGAUGUAUUAAAAUAUCGCACUAUAGGUUUACUCUGUGAUAUUCCUAUAGAUACAAGUAGUAAACGCGAAGAGUUAAUGAUUGCCAUGGGAGGAUAUAUUGUUAAUCAACAAAUUACUCUGAACAAUUUUAUAAAAGCUUUAAAAAAAUUUGGAAGUAUAUAUGAUAAUUUUGCAAAAAAAUGGAUUGAAUCUGAAGUUGAAGGCGAACGAAUGUUGAACGUCGAACCGCUUUUGAAAUUAGCAACUGAUAAUUUUGCUGGUCAGCGAAUAAAAAGAAUUGCUACGAUUUUUAAGGCUGUAGAUAGUAACAAUGAUGGCAAGAUUAGUUUCAUAGAGGGUGGCAAUAUAUGUUUACUUUGCGAUAUCUCUCUCGAUACAUAUGUUAAUACUCCUUAUAAAGGCAAUUCGAUUUCAAAGUUUUUAUCAAAAUGAAUUAUUAUUACAUUUAAUAAAUUAUCAUAAUUUAUAGAAAGAUGAACUAACCAAAAUAAUUUUUUUAUAUAAACAUCUUACGUAUUUUUUUUUCAUUUGAUAUUAAUUUUAUGAUAAUCCAACCCUUUACCUCCCCACAAGGGGGGGAUUCAAAAUAAUAACUUUUCAACUUAAAUUUUAAAAAUGAAAAUACUACGUUUUUAAAACAUAUGUCAAAUUAAACAUAUGUUACGUACUACAAAUUAAAAAAAAGAAAUUGUCCCAACGACCUGUCUUCUUUAUGCCAAUGACUGCUGUAGUUAAAAUAUAUACUAUUUUUGUGUUCAAAUUUUAUUUUAUUUUUUGUUUAUUAUAAAAUACUUUAUAAGGGUUUGCCGUAGUAAUGAGUCCAACAAUUUUUAUAAAAGUUGCAAAAAUCCAACUAACAUUUAAUAUAAAUAUUCUUCUUCUACUUUUUCCUCGCCUUAAUUCCAACUACUCGGUCACUCUUAUCCAAAACUUUCACUUGACACGAUCUUCUACAUCAUCUAUACUAACAUCAGCCGUCCCCAUAUCAAAUUCAAUUUUCACACUCUUGUAUGUCUCAUUUACCUUUAAAUAUAGGCACCACAAUACUAUUACUCUAUUAAUUUGGAAUUUUUCCUUCUAAUAAGAUUUUAUUUAAAAGAUUCUUUAACAACCUUAUGCCAACACCGCCUAAUAUUUUUCAUACUUCUAUUGGUUUUUCAUCUGGUCCUACUGCUUUAUACUUUUUCAUUGAUGCCACAGCCUCUCAUAUCUCUCUCUCGCUAAUUAAAUUUACUAGUCUUUCAUUCCGCAAUAAAUAUAAAUAUAAACUUACUUUGAUUAUUUUACCUCCUCAAAGUUAAGAAAAGUGACUUUGAAUUUUUGAAAACUUGAAAAUUUGUAUAAAAAGUAGAACUUUUUCAACUAAACUUUUAAAAAUGUAGAACAAAAAAUAAAAUAAAAAGCUGUGUAUGGUAUUUAUAGAUUUGGAGAAAGUGUAUGAUAGAGUACCGAGAGAGGUUUUAAAGUGGGCAUUAAUGAGAAAAGGUACAUUAAUAUGAUAGAAGAUAUGUAUGAUGACCCUUGUACCAAGGUAAAAAGUGUAGGAGUAUCAGAAGGUUUUCGGGUAAGAGUAGGAGUGCACCAAGGUUCUGCUUAAACCCUUACUUAUUCUCUAUAGUGAUGGAUGAAAUUACUAGAGAAAUACAAGGAGAGGUGCCAUAGUGUAUGUUGUUUGCUAACGAUAUAGCAUUAAUAGGAGAAAAUAGGGAUAAAUUUAACCAAAGGCUAGAGGUGUGGAGAUCAGAUCUUGAAGAAAAUUGUUUAAAAAUAAGUAGAAGUAAGACAGAGUAUAUAGAGUACGAGUUUGACAAAGGAGAACAUGAGGUAAGUCAGUAACAAUAGGCGAGGGCGUGAUUGGAGAGGUGGAGAAUUUUAACUAUUUAAGGUCAGUUGUGCAAAAGAGUGGUGGUAUUGAUGAGGAUGUAAGACACAGAAUUAAGUGCGGGUGGUUGAAGUGGAGAGAAGCGUCUGGCGUCUUAUGCGAUAAAGGAAUUCCAAUGAGGCUGAGAGGUAAAUUCUACAAGACUGUAAUAAGGCUAGCUAUGAUGUAUGGUUCAGAGUGUUGGGCGGUUGAUGAGAAAGUAGAGCAGAGAAAGAGUCUAGCAUAGAUGAAUGGAGAGACUAGAGAAGAUAGGAUAAAGAACGAGCAUAUAAGAGAGAAUAUAGGUGUAGCGUCAAUCGUGGAUAAGAUGAGAGAAAAUAGACUUAGAUGGUUUGGUCAUGUCAUGAGGAGAGAAGAAUCGGAAGCUGUAAGAAUAGUUCUAGAAAUGAAUGUUAAUGAAAAAAAAGGUAGAGGAAGACCAAAAAGAGAUGGAGGGAUGCUAUUAAAAGUGAUUUAAGGACAGCUGAUGUGAGCGUAGAUGUGGGAGAUCGUGUCAAGUGGAAGUUUAGAACAAAGGUGGCCGACCCCAAGUAGUUAGGAUUUAGGCGAGGUAGAAGAAAAAGAAGAAGAAGAUUUUUCUUUUGGAAUAAUCUAUUAAUUUAUUAGAAUUAAAUUUUUUGGUCCAUAAAUCCUCUUAAGGAAUUUCCUUUCCAUGAUAGCUAAAUAUUUAAAAUUAUCUACCUCCUCAAACAUAUAUCCUCCGACCUGUAAUCCAGCUGCAUUUCGCAUCUGACCUUUGUUCCUUCCUAUUCGCAUGUAUUUUGUUUUAGUCUCGUUAAUGUUGAGUCCCCGUUUUUUAGUACUUCGUAUCAGUAAUUCCAUUGCUUUUUGAAUAUCCUGCUCACUUUCGCCUAAUAUUACCACGUCGUCGGCAUAUGCUAGUAAUGGAAUGUGUUCGACCGCAGUUAAUUCCUUGAUAUUCUUCUUGUACUUCUCUUACUGCUAUCUCUAGUACUAUGUUAAAUAGUAUUGGUGAUAGUGCAUCACCUUGUUUUAAUCCUGUUGUUGUUUGGAAUUCUUCUGAUUUCUUGUGACCAAAUUUGACUGCGCAUAUUGAACCUUCCGUACUCACUCUUAUCAUCGAUAUUAGUUUUGAUGGGACUCCUAACAGCUUUAAGAAUUUCCAUAUUUCUGCUCUUUGUACGGAGUCAUAUGCUUGUUUAAAAUCUAUAAAGAUUAAAUGUAAAGGUCUGUUGAACUCAUAGUAUUUUUCUAUUACAUGUUUAAGCGUGAAAAUAUGGUCUAUUGUUGAUCUGCCUGACAUGAAUCCACUCUGAUAUUCCCCUAUGAUGUUAUUGGCGUAUGGUCUUAAUCGUUUUAGUAGAGUGUUCGAUAAAAUCUUGUAUAUGGUGUUAAGUAAGGAUAUUCCCCUAUAAUUCUUUACAUCCAUGGGGUCCCCUUUUUUAUAUAUAGGGCAUAUUAUCGAUAGGUUCCAUUCCGGUGGAAUCCUUUCAGUUUUCCAUACUUCUUUUAAUAGGUCCCAUAUUUCCUGCGUUAGUUUUCGUCCAUCGUUCUUCAGAAGUUCAACCAUGAUCGAGUCUUCUCCUGGGGCCUUAUUAUUCUUAAGCAUUUUAAUGGCCACUUCUAUUUCUUCUUUACUUGGUAUUUUAUCCUCAGGUUCUGUAGUUUGGUAUGUUGUACUCUCUUCGGUUUUAUCCACUGGUUUUCCCAAUAACUGUUUAAACGUCUCUCUGAAUUCUUCCGCAAUCUUUUUUUCUUCUGUGAUCAGUACGUUAUUGCUAUCUUUCAUUAUCAUGGUUCUUGGUUUACGUUUUUUCGUUAGCUCAUUUGUUAUUUCAAAAAAGGUGCGGGGAUUCAGGUAUUCCUCUUCAAUGGUUUUUAACACGCUUAUAUUAGUUUCACUUGUUUGUUGUUUGUUUGUUGUAAGUUUGUAACUCCACGCGGCACGUGUUAUUAUGUCGCGUAUCCCGUCGACUAUGACCUUGAGACUAGACUGUCGUAACGCAUACACCCCACCCCGCUCACCACUGGCCGACAACAAUAUUUUCUUGUAUAAUUUUUUUAUUUUUGGUUUUCGUACCCGUAUACGCGUCGUUUCGUUAUACACGAUGCCCCACGACUCGUGCCACCUCUAUCAGCCGUCGCCCUAUUUUAUGAGUAUUUGACUGACUAACACCGCGCUGCAAAGUCCAGCAAGUGCCGCACGACGUCCCGCCGCUAAUGAUACUGUAGUCUUCUUCCCGUUGUCAAAGUGACAACGUCAACAAACCGAUCCGCACUCGCGCACCGUCGCCAUCAACGCUUCUAACCUUUUGACGCCUGAGGAUCAUGCCGGAUAUCGCGUCGUCGACGCCAGCGAAAGUGUCGCGAUAUUAUGCGAUGAUCAUAUAUUCCCACCGCCACCGGUCAUAUUAUUAUAUAUUCAUAUGUUAAUAUUCAUUUAUUAAUUCCUACAGCCGACGCCGCUGCCGCCGUAUAUGCCUCGUGUAUAAUGUUCCCCCCGCCCACAAAACACGGCUAUACCUCGUGCGUGAUACGUUUACGUACUUAAGUCGCUUUACAUGUAUAUAUAUAUAUAUAUAUAUAUAUUCUAAUUACUAUUAAAACUUAUAUAUUAAUACGCUUUAUUCUCAUUAUUAGAUAAGUAGUGUAUUCAUUCCGAUUACGGAGGAUGAUUCCCGUAUUGUCAUUUUUCGUCACUACCUCCACAUUGCGCGCCUGCUGCUUUCCUUGGAUGUGGUAGCCAUUUCUUAGACUCCCUCUCCGGAAUCGAACCCUGAUUUCCCGUUACCCGUUACAACCAUGAUAUUGAUAUUAACUAUUAUCAUAACAUGAAACUAAAAAGUGAAAAAUAAAUAUAGUUUAAAA